AUGGUUUUAUUUAGUAAAUUUCGACCGUUAUUACAAACGGUAUUAAAACCAGCAGAACAAUUACAAACAAUUGUAAAACGAUGGAGUUCAGAACGACGUAUGCAAAUGAUGAUAUCGGAAUUUCAUGAACGAAAAUUCUUUGAUUUAUUUCAUUAUUACUUUCUAAUUGGUUUGGUACCUACGUUUUGUGUUGUUUUUUAUGCUAAUGUAUUUGUCGGUCAAGCAACACUUGCCGAAAUUCCCGAAGGUUAUGAACCACGACAUUGGGAAUAUUAUAAACAUCCUCUUCGUCGUUUUAUGGCUCGAUAUGUAGUUCAACCAUUUGAUGAACGUUAUGAAAUUUCUCUUCAUGCCAUCUAUACACAAGUUAUGAGAGAUCAACUUAAAGCACUUGAACGAAAAGUUAGACGUUUGGAACAUGCACGUGGUGAUAAUAAAGGAUGGUAUUAUCGUCCAAUUCCUGAUCAUUUAGCUGAACUUGAACAGAAGAAAGCAGCUGAAAAAUCUGAUGGUUAUUCAGCUAUGUUGGCACCACGUGAAUUACCUCCACCACGUACAUGGCCUGUACCACCUCAAAAUUGA